AUGUGGCAAAUAGUUCUUCUUAGCGCUAUCGUUGGGCUUAUAAUUUAUAUGUUUUAUACCCACUAUAUUCUGCCCUUGUAUCACUUCAAAAGUAAAGAUAUACCACACCCGAAGGCAAAAAUUGUUUUCGGUAAUGUCCUAGAUGAUUGGUAUCAUGGCAGUCAUGUAAAUCAAAUACGAAAUAUACAAAACUUUGGUCGUGUCUAUGGAACUUUGAUUGGAACAGUUCCUAUCAUAUGGAUAUCUGACCCUGACAUGAUUAAGGAAAUAACUACUAAAAAGUUUCAUUGCUUUGUUAAUAGACAUCAAGACAUUCCAUUAACUAUCGAUGUACUAUGCUACGGUAUUGUCAUUGCACGCGAUGAGAGAUGGAAACGUAUCCGUCGAAUUCUGUCUCCAACUUUUAGUACAUCCAAAUUAAAGCAGGCUCUAGUCGUAAUUAAUGAUACCAGUCAGCAAGUCGUAGAUAAUUUGAUUCAUUCAUUGUCAUCAGAAGAAUGCCAUCAAACACAAGCUAUCAAUUACACCAAGAUGUACACUACUGCUAUUCUGAAAUCAACUUUAGCAAAUUCAUUUGGCGUAUAUUCAGACAUUACUAGAGAUGGUAAACUUGGUAAGGCAAUCCACACCAUCUUUCAUAAUCAGGGUUCGGCGGUAAUGUUAGCAUCUAUUUCGCCUUUUCUAACGAAGUAUUUUGCUAAAUUAAUACCUGGUACAUUCGAAGCCUUCAAUGUUUUAGAUGAUACUGUUAAGCAAGCAAUUAGGGCUAGAAGAAAGGAAAAUCCUUCGAACAGACGUAAAGAUUUAUUAAAUCUGUUAUUGGAAUCACAAGAUAGUGAAACAUUAAGCGAAAAGGAAAUAUCUGCUCAGGCAACAACAUUUCUUCUUGGAGGUUAUGAAUCGACAAGAAAUACAUUAAUUUUUGCAACAUAUUUAAUUACUACUCAUCCUGAAAUUCAACAAAAGUUGAUCGAUGAAAUUGAUAGCUAUAGUCCUGAUCAAGAAUCAUUAACUUAUGACGUUAUAUCUAAAUUACCCUACUUAGAUAUGGUUGUUAGUGAAGUACUACGCUUAUAUCCCUCUUUUCCAGAAAUUAGUCGUGAUGUAGAGCAGGAUGUUACUAUCGCAGGAGUAAAAUUAUGCAAAGGUGAUGCAAUUAAGAUUCCAGUGUAUGGUAUACAUCGUGACAGUGAAUUUUGGCCAAAUCCUGAAAAAUUUUUACCGGAAAGGUUUAGUGCUGAAUCGACCCAAAAACGUCAUAAUUGCUGUUACUUACCAUUUGGACUAGGUCCUCGUUCGUGUAUUGGUUUGAGGUUGGCGUUAUUUACAAUUAAAGUAUUUCUAGUAAAGCAGUUGCAACAAUUCGAAUUUAAGGUUUGUGAACAAACUGUUACUUCUUUGGAGAUUGAAGCUAAGGCGUCGUUGUCGCCAUUAAGCGAUCUCUUUGUGCAAAUAGUAAAAAGAAAAUAA